AUGUUCAACGAGCUUUUCAGAAAGGUUGUGGAGGCAAUAUCCAAGGCCUCGAAGUUUACUCCAGAGGAGAUAGCGGCCUGCAUGGAAAGGUCCUACCAGCCGAAAAAGCCGAAUGUAACUCUCUUUCUCGACAGGAUAUCGCCAAGCCCACAAGAAGACGCCAAGGAGCUGCUUGAGACGCUUGCGGGAGCCAAUAUCGAGUUGAUUGAGAAUCUAGCCAUACGAAAAUCCUCAGUGUGCUGCGACAUAAACAAGAGGGCAAUACUGAAGGAUGUGCUUGGAUACAUCCAGAAAAACAGAGAGAUAUUUGGGAACAACAAUGUCGGCAAGGGAAAGCGGAUGGUUGUGGAGUAUAGCAGUCCAAACAUUGCUAAGAUCUUCCACAUAGGGCACCUUAGGACAACAGUGCUGGGGCAGUUCAUUGUGAACCUGCUGAGGGCGUCUGGAUAUGAAACGACCAGUAUCAACUACUUUGGGGACUGGGGAAAACAGUUUGGGUUUGUGCUGCUUGGGUACAGUAAGUACGGAAGUGAGGAGGAGCUGGAGAAAGACCCACUCAAGCAUCUGUUCAAUGUCUAUGUGAAGAUAAGCGCAGAUGCAGAGAAAAACCCGGAUGUUGACUCUGAGGCAAAAGAGAUUUUCCGAAUGAUGGAGGAGGACAAGGAUGAGUGGUGCAUGAAUCUCUGGAGAAGAUUCAGGGAGUUGAGCAUCGAAAAAUACAAGGUCCUCUACAAAAGGCUGAAUGUGGAGUUUGAUGUCUACUCCGGGGAAAGCAUGUACAACGAAAAGGGAAAGAGCAUAGUCGAGACAUCCAAACAGAUAAAGACUGAUGAGGAUGGGUCCAAGGUGUUUGACCUUGGAAAAGCCGGAAAGGUGCUAGUGAUGAAGAACGAUGGAACAACACUUUACAUAACAAGAGACAUUGCUGCUGCUAUUGAAAGGCUUGAAGAAUACUCUCCGGAGAAGAUCAUCUACGUUGUGUCCAGUGAGCAGAAUAAGCAUUUUGAGGAUCUUUUCGGGGUGCUUGAAAUGCUUGGGUACGACAAGGACAAGUUCCAGCAUGUAAGCUACGGACUUGUUGCAGGAAUGUCCACAAGGGCUGGAAAGGUUCAACUCCUCGAGGACAUAAUCCAAGAGUCGACAGAAGUCAUGAAGAAUGUGAUGAUGUCUGACAACAACAAGGGCUCGUUCACUGCAGCCGAGAUGGAUCAAACCGCAGAGGUUCUUGCCAUAUCGACACUGCUGGUAAUGGACUUCACUGCCAGAAGGGUUAAGGGAUACGAGUUUGACAUUGAGAAGAGGGCAAGAAACACUUCUGGAACAGGGCUGUAUCUCCAAUAUGCCCACUGCCGGCUAAGAAGUAUCGAGACUAAGAACAGCAAUGUUGAUUACAAUGAUAUUGAGACAAUCGACUUUGAACUGAUACAUGUCCCUAAGGUUUUGAAUCUUGUAUACAAGCUGCUGUGGUUCGAGCACGUUGUGGAGAAGUGCCUAGAGGACUACGAGCCGUCAAGGAUUGUUACGUAUCUGCAGGACCUUGCCAGCAGCAUUAAUGGAGCAAUAAACAUCCUGAGGGUGUUGGGUGUUGACAAAGAGCUUGCUAGGGCUAGGCUCCUUGUCCUGUCCUCUGCCCGGAUUGUUCUUCACAAUGGACUAAGAAUCCUUGGAGCUACUCCUUUGAAUAAAAUGUGA